AUGUUUAUCAUUUUAGGAAAACUACUUCAUCUCAAGAAGCGGAAGCGAGAAACUAAAGAAAACGAAUACCAAGCAACAAAACAGUCUGCUAACGAUUGCCAGCCACCUCGGAACGCAGAAGCAGAGGAAGCAGCUGAAUGGUUGCUGUUGAACACUGAUCCAUGGUCUGUUGUUCUAGAAAGAUGGAAAAUCAGCUACGAAGCACGAAAGGAUGAUUUAUUAUCCCAAAAGCGUAUCACCAGAAUUCUUACGACAUAUCCGCAAUACAGAUGCCCACAUGGUUUCCAACUGAUCGACAUUGAUUUCCAAAAAUGUUUUCCUAAAGCUGAAAACGGAUUAAAGAAACUGCAAUUUUUGGUGCCACUGAUCACGGAAUACAUUUCAAAGAAAGCUGUCGACCCAUCUGCGGUAUCGUUGCUUGAGGGACUGACUACUGAUAACGCAAGUAUUGAUAAGAAAAUUUGCAUACUUUUGCUAGCGCUGAACACUGUGCUUCCACCUAUUGCGGUUGCAUCACGUUUUAAGCCUACCAUACUCGUAGGACAACAGGAUACGCUGAUUUUUGUCGACUCUAAAGACCAAGCCCGAUCGAAAAUACAAGAUGUUUAUCGGAACUAUGAAGAUUUGAAUUUACCAAUUGUACCUAAAUUGAUUGUGGUUGGUAAUAGCUUGGACCAGCUCCAAGGAACAUUUUGGUCGUGUAUGGUGAUAUUUUCUAUGAGCUCCACUCAGUGUCCAGAUCCAUUGACGUUCUAA